AACAGCUGGAGCCACUCUACCUGAAUCUUCAUGCCUUUGUGCGCCGUGGCUUGCACCGACGCUAUGGGGACAAGUACAUCAAUCUCCAGGGUCCCAUCCCUGCUCAUCUACUAGGAAACAUGUGGGCACAGAGUUGGGAAAAUAUCUAUGACAUGGUGGUUCCUUUCCCAGACAAACCCAACCUAGAUGUCACCAACACCAUGGUAGAGAAGGGCUGGAAUGCUACACACAUGUUCCGAGUUGCAGAAGAAUUCUUCACAUCACUGGGGCUACUGCCUAUGCCUCCCGAGUUCUGGGCUGAGUCCAUGCUGGAGAAACCAAAUGAUGGGCGAGAGGUAGUCUGCCAUGCCUCUGCCUGGGACUUCUACAACAGGAAAGAUUUUAGGAUUAAGCAGUGCACGAGAGUGACCAUGGACCAGCUGUCCACUGUUCAUCACGAGAUGGGCCACGUGCAGUAUUACCUUCAGUACAAAGAUCUGCCUGUUUCCCUGCGAAGGGGAGCCAACCCUGGCUUCCAUGAGGCCAUUGGGGAUGUGCUAGCCCUAUCUGUCUCCACACCUGCCCACUUACACAAAAUUGGCCUGCUGGACAGAGUUACUAAUGACAAUGAAAGUGACAUCAACUACCUGUUAAAAAUGGCGCUAGGAAAGAUCGCAUUCUUGCCCUUUGGCUAUCUGGUGGAUCAGUGGCGUUGGAGAGUGUUUAGUGGACUCACAAUCCCAUCUCAGUACAACUAUGACUGGUGGUACCUUCGGACCAAAUACCAGGGCAUCUGCCCUCCCAUUGCCCGGAAUGAAACUCACUUUGACGCAGGGGCAAAGUAUCACGUCCCGGCUGUAACACCGUACAUCAGGGAGGUGUUGCAGGCAGGUGCUUCUCGGCCAUGGCAGGAGGUGCUUAAGGGACUGACAGGCUCAGAGAUCCUGGAUGCAGAACCACUUCUGGAAUACUUCAAGCCCCUCACCAACUGGCUGCAAGAACAGAACCAGAUCAACGGCGAGGUCUUGGGCUGGCCUGAUUUUGAGUGGCGUCCACCAGUGCCAGAUGGCUAUCCAGAGGGCAUCGACAAGCUGGCUGAUGAAGCAGAGGCUGAGAAGUUCCUUGAGGAGUAUGACCGGUUGGGGCAAGUCAUAACGAAUGCUUACGUAGAGGCCAACUGGGCUUACAACACAAACAUCACCGAUGAAAAUAGCAAGAUUAUGUUGGAAAAGAAUCUGGAGUUGUCUCAACACACACUACAAUUCGGCACCCGUGCCCGCCAGUUUGAUACCAGCAAUUUCCAGAAGUCAUCUGUGAAGCGGCUCUUGGAAAAGCUUCAAGAUCUGGGUCGAGCAGCCCUCUCCACUACAGACUUGGAAGAGUACAAUAAGGUACUAUUGAGGAUGGAAUCAAUAUACAGUAAAGCCAAAGUGUGCCGGGAAGAUGGUUCCUGUUUACCCCUGGAUCCUGAUUUGACGGAUUUGAUGGCUGUAUCUCGGGACUAUGACAACCUGCUAUGGGCAUGGAAAGGUUGGAGGGAUGUGACAGGACAAGCUAUCCUCCCCAGCUUCCCGGAGUAUGUGGAGCUUAGCAAUAAGGCUGCUCAGCUCAAUGGCUAUGCUGAUGCUGGAGCCUCCUGGAGAUCACAGUAUGAAACAUCUUCCUUGGAGGAGCAACUGGAGAAAAUCUAUCUGGAACUGCAGCCACUCUACCUGAACCUACAUGCCUAUGUCCGUCGUGCCCUGUACCGUCAUUAUGGAGCCAACCAUAUCAACCUUCAAGGGCCCAUUCCUGCUCAUCUGUUAGGCAACAUGUGGGCUCAAACUUGGUCCAACAUCUAUGAGUUGGUGAUGCCCUUCCCUUCUGCCAGCCAGGUGGAUGCCACUCCAGCUAUGAAAAGCCAGAACUGGACUGCCCAGAGGAUGUUUGAGGAGGCAGACAAAUUCUUCCAGUCCUUGGGUCUGCUGCCCUUACCCCCUGAGUUCUGGAGCAAGUCCAUGCUGGAGAAGCCAAAAGAUGGGCGAGAUGUAGUAUGUCAUGCUUCUGCCUGGGACUUCUACAAUGGCAAGGACUUCAGGAUCAAACAGUGCACAGUUGUAAAUAUGGAGGACCUCAUCACUAUCCACCAUGAGAUGGGCCACGUGCAAUAUUUCAUGCAGUACAAAGACCAGCCUCUGGCCUUCCGAGAAGGUGCCAACCCGGGUUUUCAUGAAGCCAUUGGAGAUGUGCUGGCUCUCUCUGUCUCCACCCCCAAGCACUUACACAGCAUUGGGCUGCUUGAUAAUGAGGGAGAAGGCUACGAGAGUGAGAUCAACUACCUGAUGAGUAUUGCACUGGACAAGAUUGCCUUCCUCCCUUUCGGUUACCUCAUUGACCAGUGGCGCUGGCGGGUGUUUGAUGGGAGUACCAAUAAGAGAGAUUACAACCAGGAAUGGUGGAAUCUCAGGUUAAAGUACCAGGGUCUGUGUCCACCAGUGCCAAGGUCACAAGAAGAUUUUGACCCAGGUGCCAAGUUCCACAUACCUGCAAAUGUACCCUAUCUCAGAUACUUUGUCAGCUUUGUGAUUCAAUUCCAGUUCCAUGAGGCCCUGUGCCGAGCCGCUGGCCACACAGGCCCACUUUACAAGUGUGACAUCUAUCAGUCAAAGGAGGCAGGGAAGCUCUUGGCGGAUGCAAUGAAGCUGGGACUCAGUCAACCCUGGCCAGAAGCCAUGAAGAUAAUUACAGGACAGCCCAACAUGUCAGCUACAGCUAUUAUGAACUACUUCCAGCCCCUGCUGGAUUGGCUUAUCACCAAGAACAAGGAGCAAGGAGAGACACUAGGCUGGCCUCAGUAUGACUGGACUCCAUAUUCUGGUGCCUCCAGUACUCCCAAUGUACCGAACAGUGGCAAAGUCAGCUUCUUGGGAAUGGAGUUGGAGCGUGGGCAGGCUACGGCAGGGCAGUGGGUACUGCUUUGCCUGGGCUUGCUGUUGCUUGUGGCUACAAUGGGCUUGGCCUAUAAGACGUGUAGCCUCAAACGUAGAGGGGAGCCUUAUUUUGGCUCUGAGGUGGAGCUGAGACACUCCUGAGACUGAGCCUGGGUCUGAAAGGAAUUGGAUAACCCCAUGGAGAGAAGAAAGGGAAGUGGUGGAGGGAGGAAAUAAAAUGCAUGCUGAGGACAGAGCUUUGGUCAUUAGGCACUGAGGAAACUCAA